UCACCACGCACGCUUUAAAGCACGCGAAACGUCCGGAAAAUUUUAAAAUUAUGUAAAAUAAUUACAAGUUUAUAUACAUAUACAUAGCUUCAAUCCGUUAAAAAAGUGUUUUCUUUAAGAAAUUCUUACUUUGAUUAACUAAUUCUGAACAGACUUAUUUACAGCAAAAUCAAGCAAACUACAUUAAAUAUUCCAAUAUUUAGGUAUUUAUUUAUUAAUGAGAAACAAACAGAAGAAAUAAAACAUAAUGUUGAUUGUUAUUGAUGUAUCCUAGAAGAGUUUUACAGAGAAAUAAUGAUUAUAACCAAACAUGACAGCAGAACUGUAGAUAAAUACAUAAUAAAAUAUAAAGUAGUUCACACAUACGAAGACUCCAUAAAUGCUUAUAACUAAAUUAAAAAAGAUGGUCGGAAGUCGACUUUUGCUGAUACAUAAUUGUUUUAUUUGAACGAUUAGGUAUUUUUUAUUUAUGAUAAACUCAUAAACAAAAAAAAUAAAAUAAGAAGAUAUUUGAUAUCAAGCUGGCAAGAAGUUGUCAAAGAUGUAUCUGAUUUAGACGCUUCAAUAUUCGAGAAAUGAUCAUAAGUUUUUGUAAUGUUUCAUUUAUAAUACUUAUAUAGUUUUUGUGAUUCUGUAUAUUAAUCAAGAUAAUGAAAAAUGCAAUAAAGUUAUUUCCUUAAAUAUGUUAAAUAUUUUAGCAUAUUAUAGCCUUGAAUUUAUCAUACGAGAUGAAUAAUUUAUGAAAUUCUUUUGCGAUGUCGUUCAUUAAAAUUUUGAAGGCGCCGAGUAAAUUAUUUCAAAAAGAUGUUAUAACAUUCUUAACAAUCCGACGUCAUGAUUUAGGUGUGAUAGACAACAAACUCCACUACAUAUCCGUAAAGCCAACAGCAUCAAUUUCAGUGCUAAGACAAAAAGUGUGGCAUCUAUUAGAUCUGCCAGAUUAUUGCGAUGAGAUUAUUAAACUAGAAUCGGAAGAUGGCAAAGAGCUACCGUUGACGGAUCUGCGUACUGGCAAUGAACCACAACACCCUUACAUUUUAGAAGUGUGGUUACCCGUAAACCAGUCAUAUACUUGCGGAUUACACAAGAACAUGUUAACAAUAGGCGAUAGUAGUAUCCUUAACCAAAACAGUUCAAGUGGUACUGAAUUUGAAGAGAAAAUCCACAAUGAUAGUAGUGCCAAGUCAACUGGUACACCAAUUAUUAAGACAACAGUGGCAAUGAAGACGAAGAACGAUAACAAAGCAAAUACUUUGCCUUCAGAUUGCAAAAGCGAAGUUUGUUCAAAAAUUUCAUCGACAUCGCUAUUUUUUAAAUUACACGGAAGGAAAAGUCGAGAUAACUUCACAAAUAUUUUACUCAAAAUUCAAAACGACCUCAUUGUGUUAAGCAACAAAUUAUCAACUUUGGAAAAUAAAAUACAAAUUUAAAUAAAACU